UCAUUAUUAUUAUCAUCAUCACCAACUUUGUCCUUAUUUUUAUUCUUAUUCUUCUCUCUAUCUUUCUUAGCUUUCUCUUCUCUAGCCUUCUUGGCUUUUUCUUCUCUAUCUUUCUUAGCUUUCUCUUCUCUAGCCUUCUUAGCUUUUUCUUCUCUUUCUUUCUUAGCUUUUUC